AUUUCUUGUUCUUCCUCCCGCCAUCUGCCGGCCUCCCCGUAUAGGCAGGACACGAGGCAAGGCCGUCCCAUCAUACACGAGGCUUUCGCGCUCCUUCGCGAGUGCCCGUGUCGUCGCGUCGUUCCCCCCAGACGCCGCCGCCUCCAAAAACUCCAAAAAAACCAUAUCUUCGCGCCCUCUUCGUUCUUACUAACCUUCUUCUUUUAUCUAUACGAAUGUCGCGACAGCCGACCAGAGACUCGCCCUCGAACGACUCGUCCGUGGCCGGGGUGGACUCCCUGCUCGAGCAAUUGCAGGCGGAUAACAACAACUCAGAGGAGCCCUCGUCUGGAUCCGCCGCGCGUCGCAGUAUGUCGAAAGACUCGGAGGGCUAUCCAUCGUGGCUUCCCAAGCGCCCACUCCAUCCAGCGCCGGCCUCGACGUUUCAAGGGUCGAUCAAUGAUGCGGGACCGAGCGAGCAGCCGUUCGUUGGGGGGAGGAAGGCGACGCCGCGGUCCGUGCGCAUUGUCAGUAUGAACGACCACGACGCGUCGUACGGUGCCGAGAAGGAUCGGCGUGAGCCCACGGACCAGACGAAGGUUGGGGUCCCCGCGCCCCGUGUUUGGUCGCGGGGAAUGGGUGUGCCUCUUCCUGCUGGCUCACACGAACAGGCGCACCCACGGAUACCUCAGCCACGGUUCAAAGCCAAGGGACUGCACCUCGAACUGGUGCAGAACCCCGGAUUCAAGUCCCGUCUCUACUUCUUGCUGUUUCCACUGCUUGUGUUCGCACACAUACCACUGCAAACUUUCUUCGACUUCAAUGCCGUGUUCAUGUUAAUUCAGAUCGCGAAGUUUCCCAACCCAUUAGCUCCCGGUGUGCCUGGUUCCGGUCGCAAUUGGGAGUUGGCUGCUGCGGCCUAUGCCGCAUGCUGGUUGGUUUGGAUCUUUCCUGUCUUCGUUAUUUAUGAGUUGGUGUAUUCUUUCGCUCGGCGAUGGCGUGUCAAACGCCCUGUCAUGCUACCGCUCUAUCUUUCAUCCCCUGCAUUCAACUUUGUGUGCCUAUCGUCCUAUGCCAACUUCUGUUUCAUGCAGCAUUUGCGCUGGUCUGCGUUUUUCGGCGAGCAUGGCGGUAUGCGAGAUGGAUUGGCUGAAACGUUCUGGUUAUACUCCCAGAAUCUGCCCACCGUGAUUCUGCUUCUUCCCCGUGCAGGAUUGUGCCUGGCGCUGCUUUUGGGAUUCUGGUCCCCGGAUCCGCUCGUUGUGGCGAUGUCGGAUUCCGGAACGUCCAACCGGGACGAGACAUUCUUCCGUGCGGAUGGGACCUUGACUGGGUACUCUCGCGGUGUGCUCAUUGCUAGUGCGGUAUGGGCGGCCUGGAAGGCGUUGGUGGUUCUGAUCAGCUGGAUCGGGCUUUGGAUUCUGAGUGGUGCUGGUUGUGCUGGUCUCUGCGGCCCUCGGAACCGCUGGGAGGAAGAGGAAGCAGAGAAACGGAUGUCGGCGUUCAGCGACAACGUUUCAGAAUUGGAAGCGCUGCCUUGGAGCUGGAGGAUGGCUACUGCUCUCCGAGUCCAAGACACCUUCGAUUUCUGUCUCACUGUGCGACCACGGUGGACUGGCAAACACAAGGAGGAGGCGGCGGCCGUUUCCCAGGCCGUAGAGCCCAAACCUGUGGAUGGGAUGGAACAGAUCAUGGCGGCUAUUGGGUUGCCAACGGUGCCCGCAGCUGCUCGCCGGGGUGCUCUUUCUGGCGAUUUGUUCGACACGCCAAUCAGCGAGAAGGGCCCUGAGUUUGCAGACAUCAUCCCCAAGGUGGUGAAUCGGUCCUCCUGGGAGCCGUCGACUGGGCCUUCCGCGCCGCUGAUGGCAUUGCCGUAUCCGUUCACGACUCCGGGAGCGCAGGUGUCUUCGCAAGAUCGGGUACCGUUCCCGCCGUCUCCGGAGCCAACGGACAGCAAAGACUCGAGUGGCAGUUUGGAGGAAGUGGAGCAUGAAGACGAGGAUGAAGAAGACGAGGAUGAGGACGAUGAAGAGAUGCUUGAAGGGAUGCUCAGCGAAGGCCCUUCGUCAGGACGGGCUUCGGGUUCCAUGUCGAGUCUAGGACAGCCUGUCGCAUCUCGUUAUCCCUUCCAAUUCCGGCACCCCAAUCGCGGUCACGCUCGCAGCGGGUCGUCGGGUGCGGCGUCUCACAUGACUCCCGUUUCGCACAACACUCGGUCGACGCAGUCACAGAAUGCACGCUCAACGUUCUCCCGGGCGACGCAGUCUACUGGGAACCCGGAAUCGAGUGAAUCGCAGUCACCCCAGUCCCAACACACUCUCAGCAGUUCCGGCCUCGAAAGCAGGGAGGGCGGGAUACGCUACAAUAGUGCGGCCAGUGCGAUUCCGAUGCCACCACGCCAUCCGCGAAGCAGGACUCGCUCGCGUACCGUGCCUAAUACCGUCUCGGAGUCUUCGUCUUCGUCGUCUGGACCACCUAUUGAUUUCCCCAGAUCACGUGGUAGAAUGGACAGUCGCGUAACCGAUGCGUUUGGGGUGGUUGCGCCCAACGUCUUGGAGCCACCGCUUCCUGACGAACCGGAAAUCACCGAGUCGGAGGGUUCACACGAAGCGGAGCGCGAAGACCAGCUCGGCUUAUUGUCACUUUCUGCUGCGCCCAGUCCUCGGUCCUCUUUCACUGCGUUACGUCACAGGGCCAGCAAUGUGUCGGGUCGAAGGGGUUAUGGAUCCAGUUCGUCGCACUCGCGAACACACUCGCAUUCAGGAACUUCGUCAUCCAGAUCUCGUGCUGAAUCGUUGAUUUCUGUUUCGGCCCGGUCAAGAGCUCAGUCUCUGUUGCAGAACAUUGGCGCGGCAUCCCAGUCUUCGAUCGAAAUUGUUCAAGUUGCCAUGCGCAAUCGGGCCAACUCAUCGAUGGCAAGGCUGGAGGAGGAUCUAUCGGAUUCACGGACCAACUCGCAUUCUCGAUCUGGUAGCGCCUCGGACGCUGUCCCAAGCAGUGUCGAGAAUCACACUUUCGGUAUGCCUUUGCACGCACAACCCCUGUCCGCACAGCCGCCGGUGCUGGAGACCAUGUCCGAGGGCUCGCCAGAGGUGUCCCCGGAGAGGCUUCCUGCGCCAGCUCCGUCAUCGUAUCUGUUGUCCUCGCAGUCACAGCUGUCGGUUUUCACCGCACCGUCGACCCAGCAGAUAUCGGAACGCACCGUGUCGCGCCCACCCAGUUCGGAUAACAUGCUGAUGAUGCCUGAGCCCGCUGGAAUCCCGAUUCCGACGCUGCAGGUUCCGCAGCAAGGCUCGGGCGACAUGGGCAGCAGCUACCCCGAUGUGAGCACGGCUGCGGGCUCGUACGUGACCGCCGCACCCACCAUCGAGGGCAGCACGACCGAGUCUAGCGAUGGCCGGACCGUGUAUAGUCUCACUCAAGGGCCUUCUCAAAUGCAAUCGCACAUGGGCAACCGUGGUGGCGAGGCCUGGCAACCGUAUGGGCCUGCUUGAUCUGAGCGCAUGUUCCAUUUUCUGGGUUUUCCUUUUCUCGCCUCAUGUUGCCCCAUCCUCCUCACCUGCAUCUUCAAUCGCACGCUACUUAUUAGACCUCAUUGACGUCGUGUAUCAUAUUACCACUUACCACUCACCUCUCCCCGCGUAACCAUUAUUCCCUUAUUUCCGUGUCCGUUAGUUAGUUGAAGUGGAAGGAUCUCAGAUGCUACAUAUAUUUCUACCACGCGACAGCCUACUACUAUUUUAUUUUUAAAUUUAGAGUAGCUAGCU